AUGCACGGAGCUGUAAUGGACUUGUCCAUUAACACUGUCAUUUUCUUGACCCUUUCCUGCUGCCUCUGGGAUGCAGAUGCCCGAAUAAUCAAUUUUAUUCUCACUGUACCGAAUGGAGGACCUUGGGGUGACUGGGGAUUCGGUCAAACUUGUCAUACAGGCCACGCCAAUGCCUUCUCAAUGAAAAUGCAAAAAAGCCAAGGACCGGGCGAUGACACUGCCAUGAAUGGAAUCCGCCUGUUCUGUACCAAUGGGGAGGUUAUUGAAUCAAUCUCUGGACCGUGGGGAGAAUGGACAGAGAUUCAGCGCUGCCCAAAAGGGAAUCUAAAGUCUUUCUCCCUAAGAGUAGAAAAAAAGCUACUUGCUGGUGAUGAUACAGCAGCGAACAACAUCGAGUUUUCCUGUGAAGAUGAAAGUGUACUCACUGGUCAUGGAACAGAAUGGGGUGAAUUUGGCCCAAAGAGUCUUCCUUGUCCCGCUGGCUCCAUAUGUGGGAUCCAAACAAAGGUUGCAUUGGACAAAGGAACUUUAGAUGACACUGGACUUAAUGAUGUGAAGUUCUCUUGCUGUGAUUAAACUAUAAAUGUGUUACCUCUUAGAACAAGUCAUUUCCCAAAAAGUAUGGCGACCAGCUUAGUUU